AUGUCUAUUUCGCAUCCGCAUCUUGAUCCUAUCCCGGAGGAGAAAGAAAUAACACCAAUGGACCAUCGUAUCCUUUGCUCCGGUGGUACCACUUCAACCCUUGAAAUGAUGCCAUCAAGAAUCAAGCAGGCAAAGAGCAUACCAAAUGACCCAAAAGCCCACAUUGAGGAACUUGUGUAUGAAGUAAGCUAUCUUCGAGCAGAGCUUCAGUGGCAUAAGGAGACAAAGCAGGUUCUCCUGGAGUUCCAGCAACGCAUGUUCGACAUUUUCCAAAACAUGGAAGAUACUUUGUCUCGGGCUACGGCGCGACUACACGAGUCAGAGCGCCGGUAUUUGAAGGUCUGGGAACAUGAAUUUGGCGAUGAACUAGGAGGUCGAUUCUAG